UUGAAAUCAGAGUUGAAUACACCCCAUGUUAUGUAGUCGACAUAAUUGAAUACAGAAGCAAUGUAUUAGACAAAACCAGCUCUGUCAGUUGGUGAUAAUAUCCAACAAGAACAAAGGUUUGCGUGUCAUAUGCAAAGGACCCACAUACUGCCGCCCAUUUCUAAGUCUUUUCUGUCAUUUUGAUGAUUUGAUUCCUCCUCCUCACCUCAUAAUGUUAGUCAGCAGAAAAGACAAAAGAAUAGUAAGAGCUGAACAACUGCAGAAGAAAUUAACCAAAAAAAAAAACAACUGCAGAAGAAAGUGGAUUGAAGCUAGAACCAGAAAUUAAAUCCAUCUCUCUUCAACAACUAAAGGAAGUAUGUUCAGGGUUGGAAUCAGAAAACAUGUCACCUUUACAAGAGCUUUGGUUUCUCCAAGCUGCUUCAAGAUGGAAUAUUCAUCACAGAGUGGAAGACUUGAAGGCAAGGUAGCACUGAUUACUGGAGCAGCAAGUGGCAUAGGAAAGGCAACUGCAUCAAAAUUCAUCAGCAAUGGUGCCAAGGUUGUUCUUGCAGAUAUACAACAGCAGCUUGGCCAAGAGGCAGCAAAGGAGCUUGGUCCUAAUGCCAGCUUCAUCGCCUGUGAUGUCACGAAAGAAUCUGACAUUUCCAAUGCUGUAGAUUUCACCAUCUCUAAGCACAGCCAGCUUGAUAUUAUGUACAGCAAUGCAGGUGUAGCUUGUCAGACUCCUCCAAGCAUUGUUGACCUUGACCUGGCAGUGUUUGAUCGUGUAAUGAACAUCAACGUGCGAGGAGUCCUGGCAGGAAUUAAGCACGCUUCCCGUGUGAUGAUCCCACGCAAAACUGGCUCAAUUCUCUGCACGGCCAGCAUCACAGGAGUAAUGGGAGGACUAUCACAACACACAUAUUCUCUGUCCAAAUUUGCUGUUGUAGGCAUUGUCAAGUCUCUGGCUGCAGAGCUAUGCCAGCAUGGGAUCCGGAUCAAUGGCAUAUCCCCAUUUGCCAUUCCAACACCAUUUGUCAUAGAAGAAAUGAGUCGGAUUUAUUCAGGAGCUGACAUCAAGAAGCUAAUUGAAAUUAUACAUAGCUCUGGCGCCUUGGAAGGAGCAAAUUGUGAACCCAAUGACAUCGCCAAUGCAGCACUUUACCUAGCUUCAGAUGACGCUAAAUAUGUUAGUGGCCAUAAUUUGGUUGUAGAUGGAGGUUUUACAUCUUUCAAGACUUUGAAUUUCCCUGCACCAGAUCAGGUGCAUUAAGCAUUCCAUGUCAAAAUUUGUAAUGCAAAUAACAAAGUCCCCUAUUUAAAC